GAAAAAUAUUAAAAUGCAUCCCGCUAUGCAACCUCGCAACCACACGCAGCCUCGCCAUGGUCAGUGCUCCUUGCUCAUAGGUUCAUGGAAGCAAGUGGCGCGGCGCGAAGCGGCGAGGACAAGUAGAGACAAGAGAAACCACAGCGCACGUUUUCUCGUUAAUCCGUCGAUCUGCAUCUUUGAUUAUAUUGUGUGCAAUUGUGUGGAAGGUUUGUGUGCAGAUAGCUGAAAGACAGGUUAUGGUUCGUAACAUGGAGAAACUUUUAUCACCGAAUAAGAACUUUAACAUAGACAAUGGCCGUAAAGACAUCGAACUUUCAUAGUGGAAGUUAAAUUGAUGUUAAAUUUUCAAAAGAAAGUGUCUUGAUGUUACUUGUAUAUUACUGUUUUUUGAAUGUACACAGCAAAAGACCAUUUUAGUAAAUAUUCUGUGGAAAAAAUCUGGUGUCUUAUGCGUGUACAUUGUUCCAAAUGGCACAGCACAAUUGCAGAAAACCUACAUGGUUUUGUACUAGAAUUCUCCACAAUUUUGCAUGACAUUAUUGUAGUUACAGUUAAAACUUCAUUUUACAGGUGUAUGUUGUGAGUGGAAAAAAAAUGUCUGAGGAAUCCAGCUCUUCGGAUGUUACUUCUAGCCCCAGCCUUUUGACAAAUCUGCGCCAGUUUCGAUUUCAGAAGAAUGCGAUGAAAUUGAAACCUUCUAAGACAUUGCCAAGUUCACCUCCCGAAGUAGGGAAUAGAAAGAAGGUUGUUAGACGUAUUCAAGAAUCUGAUACUGAAGAAGAAGUAGAGACGCCUGUGACAGUUACAGCAGAUGUCAUUAAAGCAAGAGAAAAAUGUUUGUGUAUUCUUGUUGAGGCAUUUCCUACUGUUGACAAGAUGGUUCUACAAGAUGUAUUAGUAAACCAUAAGUGGAAUGCUGAAUCAGCAAAGAAAGAGUUAUUUGAAAGAUAUCCUGGGCAGGGCAAAAGGCCUCGAAGUGAAGAAGAUACCAACUCAAAGAAAAAGAAAGCCAGAAAGGAUCUGGAUGUGGAUGGAGAAGGAAGUGAUUUUGAUGAGGGUGAUAAUCCAAACCUUUAUAAAGAAAAGGUUUUUGACAGUGAUGAGUCCGGUGACGAGAUGCCAGAUGAAUUGUCAGUCGAUCAAAAACAAGUUCUUCAAUUUUUAUCAAAAGCCACUAUAAUGGAACUGAAAACGGUGCCAUCAGUUUCUCAUAAAAAGGCGGAAGCAAUUAUUGAAAAGCGUCCUUUUGAAGAUUGGAAAGAUUUAGUUGAAAAGUUAAAAAAUGGGAAAUAUCUUGGAACUGAUAUACUUAAUAAUGUCCAAGAAUUUCUCCAUAUGCGUCUACAAGUUGAAACACUUAUGACUAAAUGUAUGAAGUUGUCAAAAAAGAUGGCAUCUGUAGUUUUAGAUGGCACCAGUGGAAUUAAAGAGCAGCCUUCGUUACUUAAUGACAGUUUAACAUUAGCUGGCUAUCAAAUGGUUGGCUUGAAUUGGUUACUGAUGAUGCAUAACCAAGAGCUGAAUGGUAUAUUAGCAGAUGAAAUGGGUUUGGGGAAGACAGUACAAGUUAUAGCAUUUUUUGCUCAUCUGAAAGAAUCGAGUAUGGAAAACAAUAAAAAGCCUCAUCAUCCUCAUGUAGUUGUUGUGCCUUCUUCAACACUUGAUAACUGGAGGAAGGAACUUGAAAGAUGGUGUCCUGCCUUGAAUGUUGUAGUAUACCAUGGAUCCCAAUUUGAAAGGAAAUCAAUGCGUGUCAAAUGGGUACAUGAUGGAAUGGAGGGUGUUGACGUGAUUCUUACAACGUACAAUACAAUGACCAGUACCCCUGAGGAGAAAAAGAUGUUCAGAGUGUUACCUUUCCAUUAUGCUGUCAUUGAUGAAGCUCAUCUCUUAAAAAACAUGACUACACAACGAUAUGAAACGAUGAUGCGGGUCAAUGCAGAACAUCGAAUACUGUUGACUGGUACCCCUCUUCAAAAUACUCUAAUGGAACUUAUGUCUUUGCUAAUUUUUGUUAUGCCUAAAAUGUUUGCUGGAAAAAAAGAUCAUUUAAAAUCAUUGUUUACAAAAAUUCCAAAACAAGGCAUCAAGGAAAAUGAAGAACCUCAGGAGAAAUUAUCAAUGUUUGAACAAAAUCAAGUUGCAAAUGCUCGACAAAUUAUGAAACCUUUUGUUUUGAGAAGACUAAAAGCUGAUGUUUUGAAGGACCUGCCCCAGAAAACUAAUGAAACCUUAUACUGUCCAAUGACUGAAAGUCAGAAAGAAAAAUAUGAUGAACUAAUUAAUGCAUUCAAGAACAGUGCAAGUGGUGAUGGUGGUGGUUCUGAUGGUAAUGAAACCAGCUUUAUAGGUAUGUUAAUGCAGUUAAGAAAAUUGGCUAAUCAUCCAUUGCUUUUACGAUAUCACUAUCAAGAUGAUCAGUUAUUGGAAUUGGCAGAAAAGUUAGCUGCUGAUCCAACAUACAAAGGAGAAAAUAAAGAUUACAUUUUUGAAGAUUUGCAAUGCUUGUCGGAUUUUGAGAUACAUACUUUGACACAGGAAAAGGGUCUAAACAAAUAUUAUUUACCCUCAGAGAUGGUAUUAGAGAGUGGUAAAUUUAAAAUGUUUGAUGAACUUUUGCCUAAAUUAAAAAGCGAGGAUCAUCGAGUGCUAAUAUUCAGUCAGUUUGUUAUUGUUCUAAAUAUAAUUGAGGAAUAUUUACAACAACGUAACCAUCUGUACCUUCGGUUGGAUGGUAGUACACCAGUUGCAGAAAGGCAAGAACUUAUUGAUACAUUUACUGAAGAUACUUCGAUAUUUAUUUUUCUUGUAUCUACACGUGCUGGAGGUGUUGGUAUAAAUCUUACUGCAGCUGAUACAGUGAUAAUUCAUGAUAUUGACUUCAAUCCACACAAUGACAAACAAGCAGAAGAUCGGUGUCAUAGAGUUGGGCAGUCUCGUGAUGUGAGAGUAAUAAGGAUGCUUAGUAAAGGUACAAUAGAGGAAGGUAUUUAUGAGAAGGCAAAGGAAAAAUUGACUUUGGAAAGGGAAAUCAAUUCUGAAGAUGGCAAAACUGCUGAAACAAAGAGUGUUCUGAGCCUCAUUAAGCAAACAUUAGGAUUUGAUGUACCUCGAUCUGUCAGUUGCGCUAAGAAAUCAUGACAGUAUUAUAAGCAGAUAUGGUCAUGUAAAAUAAGUUUUUUUGUCCUUUUUAGUUCAUUGUAGAAACGUUCCUUCAUGUGUAUAUGUCAUAUAAAUAUUUGUCACAUUCCGUUUUAUUACAUCUGCUAAAUCAGUUUCUUUUUUGCAAUUAUAUAAUUUUUCUGGCAAAUAAGCAUUUAAUGCUGUUGUGUUUAUACAAUUACUUUUUCUGUGUAAAUUUGAAAUGAUUUGUCUGUGGCUUAAAUUCAAGUUAUCAUAAUGACUAUUGAAAAUAUAGGGAAUAUAACAAUGUAUCAUUACCAAAAGAUUGUAAUACUACAGAGAAUACAUGUAAGGCACAAUGUCAAAUACAUUCAAUAAAAUAUAAACUUUGUAUAAAUUAA